AGACCGUUCAUUUGUGGUAGCCAUGCCUAGCAACUAGCAACUGAGUUUAUCUUUAAAAAAACAAAACAACUUUUAUUUUAGAGUGCAUCGUGAGAAAUGAGAGACUCUACACUACGGUGGUGGAUCUCACUUUGAGGUGACACCAUGCUCCUAGACCCCACAGCAGCUGAAAAUCGACUUGUUUGAUCGAGAAGCCGCCAUUACUACUGUCGCCGCUGCCAUGGGAACGACGAUGAGUGAGCCGUGUAUCUACGACAAACUGUCGGAGAGCAUCGACAUCCUCCGCCAGUCGGGCUACCGCUACGGCAUGUCAGAGAGGGAGAUCGAGAGGUUCAUCAAGCAGGUCCUGGAGACCAACGAGCCCAGGAGAGAGCCCCCCCAGUUCCCCAUCCUGAGAGCCACCAUCAAGUUUGUGGUGGCAGUGGGCUUCCUGCUGGUGGUGGUGCUGGCCUUCACCUACCCUCAGAGUGCUCCCCAGCUGGGUCUCGUCAACCUGGGCUGUUACAACUGGUCGUCCCCCCUCAGCCACGUCCGUCUGCUGUCCCUGCCCAUCGCCAAGAAGUACAACCUGCAAGGUUUCCAUGAAUGGUGGAGUGCCGGCUCUCUCAGGCAGAGCCUGGUCAACUGUUCGGGCUGUGCAGAGAUCUCUUCGGUGCUGGAAGUCCCAGAGAGCCUUAGAGGGACUGUGACCCUGCGACGGGGGCCGCAGCUCGUCCUGCUGAAGGGUGGGGAGUCCCUCAGCAUCCAGCGGCAGCAGCUCGAGGAGCUCUACUUGGCCCAUUCAGGGUCCAUGUCCAUUCUGCUGGAGGAGGACGACGGGCUGCAGAACCACAACCUCGGCCUCCCUCAGGGACCCGCCAACUUCACCCUGCUCUGGAGGUUUAGCUCUGGAACCAGGGAGAAGGUGUUGAGGUGGCUCUUCCCGAAGGCUGAGCUCUGCCCCCUGCUGGACAGUGCAGGGACCAUCCUGCAGCGCUGCCUGGUCACCCACAGCACAAACUCCCAGAGCAAGGGCGUCGGGGUGUUGGGCUGGCUGGUGGUGGGUGAGGGGCUGCCAACAGUUCGAGUUCUGCCUGUUCAACGCUGUCAGAAACACUGCAGCUCCUUCAACCUGUGGCUGACACCUGGAGACAUGGUGUACGCUGAUCCUCGGUACUGGCAGAUGGAGCUGUUCCCCGGCCGAGGCCAGAAUAUCAUCUGUGACGGAUCGGCCUUUUAAUGUUCAGGUGGAGCGAAGCGAAGGCGGACAGAGUUCAGGGCUGGGAGCAUGCAGAUCGGCUGUGAAUGUUCGACUUCCUGCUGAGGUGUAUCGGAGGUUGUCGGCCUUCUUAUGGCCCCGCCCACUGAUGCCUUAUAACCCUCUGGUCUUUUUUCUGGAAACCACUGCACACAUGACUUCAGUUUGGAAAAGAUGGAUUUCCUACGGGUUUCAAGGGUGGAGGUCAGAGGUUUGACAAAUGACUUUAUGGCUUUGUCCUUGUGUUUAACGUCAGAAUGUCGUCAGUCUCUAAACCCUCUGCGUUAACAGCUCUCAGAUGUUCUGGAUGUGCUCGUGCCAUGGCUUCAAGCAGGACUCUAGCAGUUAACAAACAUAAUACUUUUCAUGAAAUCAUUAGGCGUGUCUCUGUUUCAGAAGGUAGUGAGUCACUGUUGAGUGCGUUUGCAUUAGCCUGGUUCCAGACCUCUGAAUCACUGCGUGCUAAUUUGUUAAGUGACUCUCUCUGAUAUGCAGGUCUGCAGGUGGUCGCCAUCUUUGAGUCUGGUAUCCAGUUCUUAUAAUACAUGCAUGGACGUUCACUACCUCUUGAAGUUCUGAGACACACCUGCAUCUCCCCCUUCUGCUCUUCAUCUGAUUCUCUCCUCCCAUGAUAAAGGGCCAGUUCACCCACACAACGAACACCUAAAUUUAAUCCUGGGUGUCUCUGGUGGUAUCGAGAACACACUUGGAACUUAGAUUGGAAUUUAACAAAAAAUUUUUGUGAUGCAUAUUGUGAUUUAAAUGUUAACGACCUGCAACAAUUAGUCUAAUUGAUUAGUUGAUCAGAUUUUGGGCAGAUGGUCAGACAAAACGGAUGUGACCCUGGUCGGUGGGAAAUUUGUUGUCUUAAUGAAUCUUGUGUAAACUCAUUAAGACAUAAUGAUCUACAUUAUUUUAAAAUCUCAGCUCUUGCUACUGAAAAACUGCAAUAUUUUUAAAUUGAAAUUUGAAAACUAUGAACUGUCUCCAGUGUUUUCUGUGGAUCAUCACAGGCACUGAAUUCCUAAAACUCACCACCGUUCAUUUAGAUGAAAGCAGUGACAGAUUUCUCAAAAGUUGGACAGAUAAAACUGUCAACAAACCACUGGAAGGAAGAGAGUGUUUUUUUUUUUUUUAAUUUAGAGGUUUUGGGUAAACUAACCCUUUAACAACCAGUUACUUCUCAAACUUAUCAGAUGCUGAAAAUAUUUGUUUGUUUUCAUCCAACGUUUUAUCAGCUUCAGAUUCGUUUUUAAUUUUGAUUUUUGAGAUUUUAUGGACAAAGCUGCUUCUCUAUUUCAGUGUCAUUAUUUAUUGUUAUGAUUGUAUGUAUAUAGGUUCAAGCCAUUAAUUUUAAUAAUAAUGUGUUGUAAUAUUAUCAUUUUGAGUAUCACUUGUGAUUAUCAGUACAGGGUGCAGACAAAAGUUAACAUCAUCAUCAGAGCAUCUUCAACAGAUUCUGAGAGGUAGAGAUUAUAUUUUCUGCAUGAUCAGGAUUGAUGAGACACCAUCAUCCAUGGCUCGUAUAAAAAGUCUAAUAUUAAAUCAGUUUGCCAAAGUAAAAGCCUGUCAAAUUUGUGUGUUUAAAGACGCACUCCCUAAUUUUGUUUUAGUGAUCCAAAAAUCCUCAAAUGUCCAAACAUCACUGCUACAAAAAAUCGGGGUGAAUCUUUAAAAAAUGUACGCUUUGCAUAGAAAUGUCAUAGUUUUGAGAAAAUUAAAACUUGUCAUGUAUUUACUUC